ACGUCUAGAUAAUAAUUUAAAUACUAUCCUGAGCUUUCUUGCACAUUUAUUCACGGCUGCAAAUGCUUCGCCGACGUUGUCCACGACAUCUUCAGAUCGCCGAUAAUUCGAAAAAACACCUUUUGGCUCAUCCCCCGACGGGCCUCUGUGAUUGUAAAUCCUUAUCACUCCCUGCGACGGGACUGUUCUACCUUCAUUUGGGUUCUGGAGUCUGCAAAGAGGCGGCGUGGGCGAUCUUGGGGCGGCGACGGUGGCUAUGGCUCUACAACCGCAGUGGCCGGUUUGUUGUCGAACAACGACCUUGCGGAACACCCAGUUCAGGGUAAAGCCGCAUCUUGGGCUCUUCUCUCGUUCAUCACUUUGGCAUCAAGAAGUUAGAAUCAAAUUUGUACCUUGCAUCCAGGCAAGUUCAGACUAUUUGAAGAGGCGCCACAAAAAGAGCUUGAUUCCAAAGUCAAAGACUUCUACUCCAAGAGGCUUUGCUCCUAGACCACUGGUUGGAACAAGCACUCAAAAGAAAGAUCAAAGUGACACCAAAGAAAAAGAAGUUGGAAUAAGCACUGAAAAGGAAGAUCAAAAUGACACCAAAGAAAAAGAAGCAGUGGAAACUUCAAGCUCAGGCAAAGAUACAGUUUCGAGAAGCAGAUUAACUGCUAAAAUAUUUACUACGGAAUCACAAACGGCUGAAGCUGAAAGCAUGUCUUUUGCUACUACUGUUGACACUGAAUACAAUAUAAAAGAAAUGAGGACUGGGAAUGAAGAAUAUCAACACGAUCUGAGAUCUCAGCAUGUAAAAGUUGAUCAUAGUGACGAAAUUAUAGAAAAUGUGGCAAAGACUGACCAGUUCAAUGAAGUGGGAAGGCAAGUGGCCUUUGGUAAUGAUCAAAUAGGCAGAACGACAAUAGCAGAAAAGGCAUCAACAGUUGGCGAACAGGAGGAAAAUUCAGGUACGACUGAAAAUAAUCUGGAUAAAGAUGACAUUGAUGAAUCAGUUGAAGUUCUUAAUGCAAAAAACACAAUGAUUGAAACUGAGGACUCAUUACUCAAACAGAGAGAAGAAAUUGAUGCACAGGAACAAAGGAAACGAUUGGAGAAUCUUGCUGAUCAAAAUUUUUCAAGAGGUAAUAAAAUAUUUGUUAUUCCAGAAGUGGUGACCCCAGACCAAGCUAUCAAAGUUUUCUUGAACCGAAGUUUAUCUGCAUUGGCAACUGAACCUGAUGUUUUAAUCAUGGGCGCUUACAAUGGUUGGAGAUGGAAAUUUUUUACAGAGAAAAUGAAGAAAACCAAUCUUGAAGGAGACUGGUGGUCCUGUGAACUCCAUGUGCCUAAGGAGGCAUAUAGAGUGGAUUUUGUGUUUUUCAAUGGCACCAACAUAUAUGAGAAUAAUGAUUAUAAAGAUUUCUCUGUAUCUGUGAAAGGUGGUAUGGAUGAAACUAAAUUUGAAGAAUUCUUGCUUGAAGAAAAGAAGAAGGAACUUGAAAGACUCGCUGCUGAGGAAAAUGAAAAGAAAAGGUUGGCAGAAGAGCAACGCCAGAUGGAAGCAGAAAAAGCUGCAAUUGAAGCUGAAAGAGUACAAGCAAAGGCACAAGUAGAAAAAAGGAGGCAGGGUUUGCAUCAUGUGAUGAAAUUGGCUUCACAAUCAGCUCAUGAUGUAUGGCAAAUGGAGCCUACUUUAUUUGAAGGAGGUGACAGGAUUAAACUUUAUUAUAACAGAAGUUCACGCCCACUUGCUCAUGCUUCAGAGAUUUGGAUUCAUGGAGGUCACAACAACUGGAGUGAAGGAUUGUCUAUUGUCGAGAAACUUUCCCGUUCCGAGAAAGUUGAUGGUGAUUGGUGGUGUGCUGAUGUUGUUGUGCCUGGUCGAGCAUUGGUUCUGGAUUGGGUUUUUGCUGAUGGACCACCCGGAAAGGCAGUUGGUUAUGACAACAACAACUUGAAGGACUUUCAUGCUACUGUGCCAAAGAGCAUUCCUGAAGAACUUUUCUGGGUUGAAGAAGAGCACCGAAUCUUCAGAAAGGUUCAAGAAGACAGAAAAGCUAGGGAAGAGGCUCUUCGUAAAAAGAUUGAGAAAACUGAACAUAUGAAGGCUGAAACAAAGGAAAGGACAAUGAAAAUGUUUUUGUUGUCUCAAAAGCAUAUAGUAUACACUGAACCAAUCGACGUGCGAGCUGGAAACAUGGUCACCAUUUUUUAUAAUCCAUCUAACACUAUUCUAAAUGGCAAACCUGAAGUUUGGUUUAGAUGUUCAUUCAAUCGUUGGACUCACCCUAAUGGUCCUCUACCACCUCAAAAAAUGGUUCUGGCAGAGAACGGUUCACACCUUAAAGCAACUGUUAAGGUCCCAAUUGAUGCGUAUAUGAUGGAUUUUGUUUUCUCGGAGAGGGAAGAUGGUGGACUCUAUGAUAAUAGAAACCAGAUGGAUUAUCAUAUCCCUGUCACUGGAAGCAUUGCAAAGGAACCACCUAUGCAUAUUGUCCAUAUUGCUGUUGAAAUGGCACCUAUUGCGAAGGUUGGUGGUCUUGGGGAUGUUGUUACCAGUCUUUCUCGAGCAGUCCAAGAUUUGGGCCAUAAAGUUGAUAUUAUUCUUCCAAAUUAUAACUGUAUGAAGCUUAACAAUGUGAAAGACUUCCAUUACCAUAACAGCUUUGCUUGGGAUGGGGCAGAAAUAAAAGUCAUGGUUGGAAAGGUUGAGGGCCUUUCUGUAUAUUUUUUAGAGCCACAAAAUGGGAUGUUCUCGGUAGGCUGCAUAUAUGGUAGAAAUGAUGAUGGACACAGAUUUAGUUUCUUUUGUCAUGCUGCCCUGGAGUUUCUCCUUCAAAGUGGAUUUAAACCUGAUAUUUUACAUUGCCAUGAUUGGUCCAGUGCUCCUGUAGCAUGGUUAUUUAAAGAACACUACAUUCACUGUGGACUGAGUAAUUCUCGAGUUGUCUUUACAAUUCAUAAUCUAGAGUUUGGGAUACAGAACAUUGGUAGAGCGAUGAAAUUUGCUGACAAGGCUACUACUGUGUCACAAACAUACUCGAGAGAGAUUUCUGGAAAUCCUGCAAUAUCUCCUCAUCUCUUCAAGUUCCAUGGCAUUGUAAAUGGCAUUGAUCCAGAUAUCUGGGACCCAUACAAUGAUCACUUCAUCCCAGUGUCAUACACAGCAGAGAAUGUGGUGGAAGGUAAGAAGGCUGCUAAAAAUGCAUUGCAGGAAAGACUUGGAUUGAAGAGAUCGGACCUUCCUUUAAUAGGUAUUAUUUCCCGCUUAACAGUUCAGAAGGGAAUUCACCUCAUCAAACAUGCUGUUCAUCGAACACUUGAGAGAAAUGGACAGGUUGUUCUUCUUGGUUCAGCUCCAGAUCCUCGUAUUCAGGAUGAUUUUGUUAACUUGGCAAACCAGUUGCACAGUUCACAUGCUGAUCGUGCACGCUUUUGCUUAACCUAUGAUGAACCUCUUUCACAUCUGAUUUAUGCUGGUGCCGACUUUAUUCUCGUUCCAUCUCUUUUUGAACCUUGUGGAUUGACCCAACUUAUAGCUAUGAGAUAUGGCUCCAUUCCUGUAGUUCGCAAAACAGGAGGACUUUAUGAUACUGUUUUUGACGUUGACAAUGAUAAAGAGAGAGCUCAAGCACAAGGCCUUGAACCAAAUGGAUUCAGCUUUGAUGGAACUGAUGCUGGUGCAGUCGACUAUGCUCUCAACAGAGCAUUCUCUGCUUGGUUUGAGGCCCGGGAGUGGUACUCCUCAUUAUGCAAGCGUGUGAUGGAGCAAGAUUGGUCGUGGAAUCGACCUGCACUGGACUACUUGGAGCUUUACCAUUCUGCAAGGAAAUAGUAAUUUCUUAGUUUCGUGGAUUGUAAAAUCUUGCAGAAACUCUCUACAGAUGAUCUUUCUUGUUUAUGUAGUUUUUUAUUCUUGGGAAAAUCCAAGUCACUUUUGUAAUUAUCAUUUGAUGCAUUUGCUCGAUGGUGAAAGAUAGUAUUUCCUUUUGAUGAUAGUAA